UUAUCAUCUACGGUCCUAUUUGAUAAGGUGGCGAUUUUGAAAUUUAAUUAAUGUUCCAGGCCAUUUUUUUAACCCCGGAAUGCAAGCAACGCAUCUGCCAGAGCUACUACACGCUCUUUUCCGGAUCUGCAAAAUCCAACCCUUUGUUUCCUUCGAAUCCUCACCUCUGAAUCCUUAUCUUCAUCGUCGUCCCGACUCUUGAGACCGGCGUCAUCCAUAUAAAAUCCUUCUGAAGUCAAAGAGGUAUACUUUUAUUCUGCAACUUUUCUUCAUUUUACAUAUUUUCGUUUCCCUCAAUCUUGUUAACUGUAGCUACACCCAAGAGGUGCUCAAAGAUAGAAAUUAUCUCUGAAGACAUGAAUGAUGAUUACAUCCAAAAUCUGAGUCCAAAUUUAAUUCGAAAGUCAGAUUCUGUGAUGGGUGAAUUUCAUGAAGCACCAGAGCUGCAAGAACCAGACAAUUUUAUAUCAUGCUCUGCCAUCAAUGAAUGGGUUCCUGUAAGUGAAGAGGAUUUCAAACCUGAAGUAGGAAGAGAAUUUGAGAAUUUGGAACUUAGUGAGAAAUUCUACAAGACUUAUGCUCAUCAUGUGGGCUUUAGCGUAAGGAAAUCAACAAGCAAAAAGGUUAAAUCAACAGGUGAUACAAAGUACAAAUACUUUGUUUGCUCAAAACAAGGAUUUAAGGAAGAUACAAAUAAAACUCAGAAAACUGAAAAAGUUCAGAAGACAAAACUGACAAGAGAAGGUUGCAAUGCCCUAGCUGGUUUUAGAAGGACAAAAGAUGGUAAAUAUGUGUUGUUCAAAUUUUAUGAAGGGCAUACACACUUACUUGUCACUCUAAGAAAACAUCACAUGCUAAAAUCGAAUAAAGGGGUGAAGAGUGUUCAUCGAACUCUGUUUAAAUCGUUUAGUCGUGCAAAUAUCGGCGCUAGUAAAGCUCAUCGUCUCAUAAAGGAACAGGUAGGCGGUUUUCAAAAUGUUGGAUGUAGUCAACAGGAUUUGAAAAACUUUCAGAGAGAUAUAAAAGCUUUUAUCAAGGGCUAUGAUGCUCAUAUGUUCAUUGAUAAUUUUCAAAGGAAGAGAGAGGUAAAUCCUUCCUUUUAUUUUGCAUAUAAAUUGGAGGAUGAUGGUAGAUUACAACAUGUAUUAUAGGCAGAUGGCGUGUCAAGAAAAAACUAUGCAUUAUAUGGUGACAUUGUGUCAUUUGAUACUACAUAUGAUACUAAUCGAUAUAAGAUGGUCUUUGCACCUUUUACUGGAUUAGAUAGCCACAGGCUUCGCGUAACUUUUGGAGCUGCGUUCCUUGGAAAUGAAAAGACGGAAUCUUUUUUAUGGUUGUUUGAGAAAUUUUUAGAUGCAAUGGGUGGACAUAAACCUGUUUGUAUAAUCACUGAUCAAGACCCCGCAAUGAAAGCGGCGAUAGAGAUUGCAUUUGACUCCAGCUCACAUAGAUUUUGCAUAUGGCAUAUUAUGAGAAAACUUUCUGAAAAGGUUGGAGUUGCUUUUUGUAGCGAUGUUACUUUUAAUUCUCAAUUUAAAUCUUGUGUAUAUAACUCUGAAACACAAGAUGAGUUUGAAUUGGCAUGGAAGACUGUCAUUUUAGGAUUCGGGUUGGAGAGAAAUGAUUGGUUGUCACACCUAUAUGAAAUUCGGGAAAUGUGGAUACCUGCCUUUUUAAAAAAUGUG